CAUAUUUGUUAUGAAAGUGUUUAUGUAGCACAUCUCUAAGUACUGCCACAUUUUAUUUUUAAUGUGAAUUUGAAAUCUAAACGAAAAACACAAGUCUUCCAUUACAUCUGUUCCGUUAUUUAAAUUAUUCGGUCAAAUACAUCCCAGUAAGCACAGAACGUUUUUAAAACGUUUAAAAAACCUAUUAAAACAGUACCUAUUAAAUUGAUAUGCUUAUGCAAAAAGUACGAAGAGUUUAGCUAAUAAUACUUUUUUUUCAAUUUAACAACCUAAGUAUCUUUCUAAUAAGAUAUUUAUAUUUUAAUUCUUUUCUUGUUAAACAAAACAAAGCAAAAAUUUUUUGUUCUAAUAUUUAUAGAUUUUUUAUUUUACAACACGAUAACUUUAUUUAGUGGUUUUCAUUCAAUAAAUAGGCACCUGUAAGAGUUGCGGUAUUCGUUGAAUUGUGUUCAAAGAUAUGUGUAAUUUAGAUUAAAACUCAGUAUGUUUAUCUUAUGUUUGUUUUUUUACAAACCGUAGGCCUAUAUGUUUACAUAAUGUUUUUCAAUAAGCAUAUAAUAACAGAUUCAACACCAACGUACUGACUAUUUAUUAUUAUCAUCCAGGUAAUUGUCUGAUCGUAACAUAGCAAAUUUAUUACAAUCUAGCGCGUUGCUGUCAUUUAUCUUAUGUUUAUGUUAUUAACAAAACAAAAUAAUUAAAUGGUCAAUACUAUAUGCUCAUCUUGUUUUCAAUUCCAGUUUUUAUGUAAUUCAAAGUACUAUUUGUUAAAGAAAAUGUCACUAAUUAAACCAAAGAAAAAUAACAUUGAACCAACAAAAUUAAAAAAGUCGGUUAAAAAGAAAUACGUGAAAGUGUUGAAGUCAACAAACAAAAUAUGGUUGGUUCUUUGGAAGGUUUAAAAACAAGCUCUUUGCCGAUUACCAGAAAUGUUUAUAAAUUUUUCAGGUAUCACUUGCAAGUUAUUGAUAGCUCUUAUGAAGAGUUUACUAAAGUUAGGGAGGCAUUGCACACUCAAAGCAAUAUUUUAAAAUCUAGGUUAGCUGCAUUACUUACUAUUAAAUCAGUCAAGCACUUUUGGGAUAAGGCUGGCAUUCCAUAUAAACAAGACAAGUACAGUAUUAAAAAUAUUUUAAGGCUACAUGACAAAUGGAGGUUGCUUGCAAAAUCUAAAAAUAGAAUUUCUAAUGAGAAGAGUUUACUUAGACAAAACUUUUUUCAAUCAUUAGAUGGCAAUUUUGAUAUUAGUUCUCCUAGUUGGAAAGAUGACAUUAGAAAAACCAGACCAUCAUAAGAUGGAUGCAGAUAAAGAUAUUACCUGGUUGCAGAUAAAGGAUUCAGAUAAAGAUAAUGCCUGGUUUACAGAUCUUCAAAAUGAAAUAAAAACUGGAGGAAUUGGUGCAAAAGAUAAUGUGCUACAUUCUAGUAUAAGGAAAAAAAAAGAAAGAAUCAAAAAGAAACAGGUGGCAACUGAAAAUCAAAAAAGAAGAAAAAUAGAUAAUAAAAAAACUGUUAAGUUGGUUGUUAUAGUAGUGACUCAGCUGAAGAUUCUUAUGUCACUAAAUCUAGUCGUUCUCUGAGUUCUGCAUAUCAAAACUCUCCUAAAAGUAAUCCUGAGUUUAAAAUUUUUAAAAGGCAGCAAGGAGGAAAAAAAGAUACCGGAUCAGAUAGUAUCACACUGGUCUUGCCAAAAAACUUCAUUUCUCACUGAUAACAGCAACUGCAUAUAGAACUAAGUUAUCAAAUCCUCAGCAGAUGAUGAAUACUUCUGUAAUUCUAGCUAUAGGUUCGUUUUUUAUUAACAAGUAAAAAAGAUUGUUGUAUACAAUCUAAAAAGAAACAUAUAUUUUAAUUUUACAAAGGUGGUGUUAAACCUGACAAUGUUAGCCUUUAAAUAAAUACUAUAAAAUCUAAGGGCAAAAGUUUGAGUAUUUAACUGUUUUGGUCAGUGGCUUUCCUAAUUGUGUUGAAGGAAAAAUAUUAUCAAUAAAACCUAUACAGUCUGGUAAAGGAUUUGCUAUUUGCAAAGGAAUCUUGGAAGACUUAGAGGAAUGAGAUCUCAAAGCCAACAUUGUCGCCCAAGUUUUUGAUAGGACUGCAUGUAAUACAGGAGUUAGGAAUGGAGCUGCAACUCUUUUAGAGGAUUGUAAAUCAAUGAAAACUCUUCUUUAGCUGGCUUGUCGCCAUCACAUUUUAGAAUUGAUCUUGGGGGCAUUUUGGAGCUCCUUAUUUA